CUCUCCUUGGGGGGGAGGUAUGGCCUCGCCAAGGUGCCGCCCACUGAGGAGCGGCAGCGCGGGGUGAUUGAAGAGUCUUGGGGCGGCCACAUAGGUCUCCCUGUGUUGGCGUUUGAGAAGCUGCUUCUUCUUGGGUGGGAGAGGGCGGCAUUCUCUUCUUGUGCGAUGUGGCUCUUUUGGUGGGUGCUUCGCGUGUGGCCUGCCAUGCUGAAACUGGGAUGGACUCCGUGGAUCGGGGCGGCAGUCGCGAUUGGCAGCUGGCCAUUUCUGAUCCUUGCCACGGGGUUGCAGGCAUGGGCGUUAUGGGCGGCGGCAGACGAAGCAUUCCAAUUUCGAGAGAUUCGGAAGAACUGGGAAGAGCAAGUUGAUAAAGAUGUCUUCUUUCUUCGAUGUGCUGCAGUUCUUGGCAUUUGGGAUUCAGUCUAUAUGCCACUAGCGGAGCAUUUCAUUGUUCCUAUGAUUGGCUUUGGCUGGUACCUCGCUUUGGAUGCCUUUUUCAUGCUUGUCACGAUGCACGUACUUGGAUAUGAGGCCGACACUCUGGAAGAUAUAGGCGACAUGGCAAGACUCCAGGGCAAGCGAAUCGCUUUCCCAGGGAAGGUGAACCCAGAAGCCAAGGAUUGCAUUGUAAGCUUCCCGGGCAAGUAUAGCAAAGAGUGGGAUGAUGCGGUUAAGGAAGCACAGGGACAGUCAAGCCUCUGCAGCUUGGCCUGUGUUUUCUUAACCGAUAAGCAGAGCGGGCUCGGCGACCACGUUGAAGAUCCUGAAGGAUGCGGAAGUUGUUUCUGCCAAGCACUCUAUGGGAACGUGGAUCCAGCAGCCUACCUCAGCGCAGUCGAGGAGGAGCUGACGGAACAAGAGAUGCUAUUCAAGAAAAGCGAUGCUGAGGCGAUGGGUCAGGUUCUCCUCAUUCGGCAAGCAGAAAAUGAUGCUUCCUGGACCGCGAGGAAGAAAGAAGCACUCUUGAAAGCGGCCGCCAAAUGCAAGGAGAACCGCUACCGCGCGCCCUGGGGGUGCCGUUGGUUUGCCGACUGGAAGGAGAACGUGGACAAAGCCGGUCAGCAAGGGCAAAAGUUUCACGUUUUCUACUUUGAAGGGAAAGUGGGAUGUGGGAAAAUGGCUUGGGAGGACCUCAAAGAUGAGACGAAACUGCAGGAGGUUCGCGAUAGCACGGGCCUAGGCAAGUCGCAAACCGCAGAAGUCGCAUGGUUAGAUCGCUUGCGCAUCCCCUACGAGGAGCACGAUGUGGGCGACUUCUACAGAUUUAUUCAGCAACAUCAGAACAACAAUAGAUGAUGCCUAAGGCAUCCGAGUUUCAGGAGUGAUGCCUAAGGCAUCCGAGUUUCAUGAGUGAUGCCUAUAUAAGGGUCACGCUGG